CGCCGCCGCCCGCUUCCUGCCGCGUCCGCGCGCCCGCCCCGCCCGAGCAGCGGCCGCAGCCCGGCCGGGCCCAGCGGGGAGAUGAACACGGUGCUGUCCCGGGCCAACUCGCUCUUCGCCUUCUCGCUGAGCGUGAUGGCGGCGCUCACCUUCGGCUGCUUCAUCACCACCGCCUUCAAGGAGCGCAGUGUGCCCGUCCGCAUCGCCGUCUCCCGGGUCACGCUAAAAAAUGUAGAAGAUUUCACUGGACCCAGAGAACGAAGUGACCUGGGAUUUGUCACAUUUGACAUUACUGCAGAUCUGCAGAGUAUAUUUGACUGGAAUGUUAAACAAUUGUUUCUAUAUUUGUCUGCAGAAUAUUCAACGAAAAACAACGCCCUAAAUCAGGUGGUCCUUUGGGACAAGAUCAUGUUGAGAGGAGAUAACCCAAGGCUGUCCUUAAAAGACAUGAAGUCAAAGUACUUUUUCUUUGAUGAUGGAAAUGGUCUCAAGGGAAACAGGAAUAUCACCUUGACUCUCUCCUGGAAUGUUGUACCAAAUGCUGGCAUUCUACCUCUUGUAACAGGAUCAGGACAUGUGUCUGUACCUUUCCCAGAUACCUAUGAAACAACAAAAAGUUAUUAAAUUAUAGUACUGAAUCAUAAGCAAAAUAUUUUUAUACUUGUAUAUUGUGGAUACAUUUUAUUGCAGUUUCUUCUUGCAUCCCAUGCAACUUUUCACUGAAAGGAACUUAAUUUCCUCAGGCUAGUAGCAUAGGAAAAGGAAAUGAAAAUUCAGGGUGUUUUUUUUUUUUUUAAAUAAAACAUUGAAGCUGAAACUUAAGGGAAAGGCAAAUUGCAGAGUAAUGGUUUUGAGGGGGGAAAACUGAGGAUUUUUUUUUCCUGGCCAUCUGAGUAUAGAUCUCCUUUUCUUUUAAAUAAAUAUUUUUAAACCAGAA